AAGUGUUUGUAGAAGAAUGGAAAGGUCCGUGAGUAUAUGCUUUUCUCAGUCCCACAUAGCGCAUUAGAGCCAGUUAUUCUCCUCUUUCUCUUUUCUUCUCUGCAAUUCUAUUGAUUCCCUAACUCUCACUCUAUCCUUCUCUAUAACCUCCAGUUUCUAGGCCGUAAUACACACAAAAAUGCUUCACCUGCUGCGAUUUCUGCUACUUUUCUCGUCUUUUUCACUCUCUACAUUUGCGCUAGAUGAGGACGAUAAGGCUCAGUUACUACUCUUCAAAUCGCACCUGGAAGAUUCCAACCAGACCUUAUCAAGUUGGGGAAGAAACUCUAACAACUGGACCGGACUCAUCUUCUCCAACCAGACAGGUCGAUUAGUCUCCUUCAAUGUUACUGGAACAAACAUCGCUGGCCGAAUUCAUCCCAGUAUCUGCCAGCUCCUGAAACUUGAAACCCUAAUUUUGUCUCGUACGAACAUCACCGGAACGAUUCCUUCCUGUCUCGGCAGAUUAUUGAACUUGAAGAUUCUGGAUCUCAGCUACAACGCGCUGGCUGGAGCAAUGCCGGACACGCUCGCGGGGUUGAUUCAGCUUGAAAUGGUUGAUUUCAGAGGUAAUGGAGGUUUGUUUGGUGAUUUCCCGACGUGGAUUGGAAAUUUCUCUACAAAGCUUGAGAGGAUUGAUAUGAGUUUCAAUUCGUUUUCUGGAGAAAUUCCCGAUAGUUUGUAUUAUUUGAAUCCUCUCAGGUAUUUGGAUCUAUCUCAUAAUUUUCUGUCCGGGAGUGUUGGUGAAUUUCGUCAACCAUUGGUGUAUGUUAAUCUGGAAUCCAAUAGGAUUUCUGAUACUUUACCUUGUUUCUUGGCAUCUGUUGAUUCAUUAUCUGUUCUUAAUUUGGCAAACAACUCUAUUGAAGGAGGAAUUCCUGCUUGUCUAUCUGACCUUAGUGUAUUGACUCAACUCAAUCUUUCCCAUAACAAUUUAGCAUAUGCAGUUUCUCCUAGAUUGAUCUUCUCAGAGAAACUUAUUCUUCUUGAUUUGAGUUUCAAUAGUCUUUCCGGUCAAGUUCCAUGGAGAAUCGCUAAACCAUCUGAGAAAUCCGGGCUUCUGUUUCUCGACAUGUCUCACAAUCAAUUCUCCGGGGAGAUCCCUUCAACCAUUACUGAUCUCAAGAGCUUACAGUUCUUAUUCCUUUCUAACAACCACUUAACCGGUGAAAUCCCAGCUAGAAUUGGGAAUUUAACUUACCUCCAAGUGAUCGAUUUAUCCCACAACAUGCUAUCGGGAUCAGUUCCAUUGAAUAUUGUUGGAUGUUUUCAACUCCUUGCUUUGCUUCUAAACAAUAAUAACCUCUCUGGGGAGAUCCAACCUGAACUAGACGCGUUAGAUGGUCUGAAAAUAUUCGAUAUCAGCAACAACAUGAUUUCAGGUGAAAUUCCACUGACUUUGGCUGGUUGUAAGUCAUUAGAGGUUGUCGAUAUCAGCUCUAAUAAUCUAUCUGGACCAUUAAAUGCAGCCAUGACCAAAUGGUUGAACCUUAGGUUUCUCUCCCUGGCUCGAAACAAGUUCACCGGAGCAUUACCCUUAUGGCUGUUCUCAUUCAAACGUAUCCAAACCAUAAACCUCUCCUCUAACAAAUUCACUAACGAAAUACCCGAUGGAAAUUUUAAUCUUUCAUUGAAAUCAUCCAAGAAUGCGGAGAUGAAACAGUCUCUGAUUGUAACUGUCGACGAAGAACUGAGCUUCAAAUACGAUCUAUAUUCGCCACUGGGGAUAGAUUUCUCUGAUAACUUGCUACACGGGCAGAUUCCAGACGGGUUGUUUGGUUUACACGGAUUGGAGUAUCUUAACUUAUCAUAUAAUUUCCUAGACGGACAGAUUCCUCCUAAUUUGGAUAAGAUAUGGAGCUUGAGAUGGUUGGAUUUGUCUCAUAAUUCGUUAUGGGGUCAGAUUUCUGAAAGACUAUUGGGUCUCGGAAACUUGACAAUGUUGAAUCUUUCUUAUAACUGUUUCUCAGGAAUAGUUCCUGUGGGGCGGUUUCCUGGGGCGUUUGCAGGGAAUCCUGACCUUUGUAUGGAAGCAUCGUCGGGAUAUGAAUGUGAAGGGAGGAGUAUUCCUGCUGUGCCUGAGACUCCUGCUAUGAAAGAAGAAAUUAUGGGAAGAUCGAUUUCGGUAAUGGCUUUCUGUAUAAGUGGUUUUGUUAGUUUUUAUCUUGGUCUUUUUGGACUAUUUUGUUCUGCUAGGACAAGAAAUUAUAUUUUACAAAAUAAGGGGUGAUUAAUUCUGAUGGAUCAUGGAUUCAUAUUAUGUUUUCUUCUUUUUCAGUUGUGCUUUUGAUUCUUGUUGAUAGAGUAUUCUUCCUCAUCUACUUAGAUUUAUAAAAUAUUUAGCUUGUAAAUAUCAUGGAAAAAUAGAUGUUGUUGAUUUAAGUUUAUGUGGGAA